UUACCUUGCAUUGCAUCCCAUUCAAAAGAAACAAUCCCGCCAAAAAAGUAACAGAAUCCCGAUUCUCUCUUGCUCUCCGCCAUGGAAAAUUCUUGCAGCAAAUCCAUGGCUCUGCUCGUCUUCUUCCUCUUCAUUGUCCCUCUCUCUGUUGUCACCGCAAAUCUCAUCGACCAAGAACUCCAAGACGCAGCUUCUGCCCUCCGAUCUCGCGGUUAUACCCUUUUCCCAAACGCCAUCGACACAUCCUGUCUACGUCCGCACCUUCUCUCCUCCCCAAAUUCCUCCUUCACCCUCUUUGCCCCUCCUGACCGACUUCUCUCUUCCCUCGAUCUCUCCUCUACUGCUCUUCAUUACACUCGCUCUCUCCUCUACCAUGUCUCACCUCUCCGCCUUUCCACUUCCGAUCUCCUUAGUCUUCCUAAUGGUACCCGCCUCGCCACCCUUCUCCCCCGUCAUACCCUCCUACUCAACUCUACCACUGUUUCUGUUAAUGCAUCUGAUUUCGAUUCCGUCAUCGUCUCCGAAACCCGGAUCUCCGUUCCAGACCUCUUCCUUGGCUCAACCAUUGCUGUUCACGGCUUGGACGGGGUUCUUGUAGCUGAAUUUGGCUCCGGUAAGCCUCACGAUGAUGAUUUUGGUGUUUUGGGGCUUGAUACCUCAAGCAUUUACUGCUUUCUUUUUUAUUCCCCGGCGAGUUCACCAGCAAUGUCUCCGGCGUGGAGUGAACCGCUGGAGAUUGUGACCGGAGGUUUGAGGUCUCGGAUAGAUCGGAGACAGGGUCACAGCCAUAAGAGAGGGAAGAGUCAGCGAGGAUCCAGUCAUGAUGGUGAUGACCGGGGAUCUGGUAACGCUAAAUUUUCCAAGUUUACUCAUCGGUUUAACCUGUAAAUCGAUCGACAAUGAAUUGUAGCUGCGCGUUUUCCU